GUUUGUUUCCUGCGCUUUCGGCUGAUCGUAGUGGAGGGAAGCAGCUAGCGUGUUAGCCGGACUAGCUCUGAUCGCUCUGCGUGUGUUUGUAGGAUAGUUCUCUGUAGUUGUUUGAGACCUCGGCUGUUCCCGUCAUGGCGUACCAGCUGUACCGGAACACCACGCUGGGAAACAGCCUGCAGGAGAGUCUGGACGAGCUCAUCCAGACGCAGCAGAUCACCCCCCAGCUGGCUCUUCAGGUCCUCCUCCAGUUUGACAAAGCCAUCAACACGGCGCUCGCCAGCAGAGUCCGCAACCGGGUCAACUUCAGGGGCUCCCUGAACACCUACAGGUUCUGUGACAACGUGUGGACAUUCGUUCUGAAUGACGUGGAGUUCAGAGAGGUCACCGACCUGGUGAAGGUCGACAAGGUCAAGAUCGUUGCCUGUGACGGAAAGAGUGAGUCGACCCAGAACAAGAAUGAUAAAUAAACUGUGGCUCGGCUGCUGCUGAGUGACGACUCAUCAUGUGUCGGCUGGAGCCACAGACGGACCUGGACUGUACAUAUAAUUUAUUACAGCAGAGUCAGAGCGGAGUGUGUGUGUGAGAGUGUGUGUGUGUGUGUGUGUGAGUGAGUGAGUGUGUGUGUGUGUGAGUUUGUAAGUGUCCGUGUGAGAGUGUGUGUUUGUGUGUCCGCGUGAGAUUGUGUUUGUGUCAGAGUGGACCAGUCACUGUUUGUUUUUAUUUUCAGUUUACAGGAGUUUGAUCAGUUGCUGUUAUAAUUGAGCUCAAUCAUCUUUAAUAAAAACUUUAUUUAAAA